AUUAGCGCAAUUAUUAUGGCGUUGAAAUGGAAUUAUGUGUGGGAACAUGUUUUGAUGGCUAAACGGGAUGGUGUUUUGGCUUUUGGGGUGGGGUGGGUCUCCCGUGUGUCAGUGUUUGUCAACCGAAGGUUUUGUCGGUCAAAGCCAUGGCCGCUCUGCCUCUGUUCGCUUUGCCUUCUAUCUACCAUCCCCUCCCCCUGCGCUGCAGCGCCUGACGCCUCUAUAAAUCCCACCCAACCAAAAGGCUUCCCUUCAUUCCUCCCUCCUCUCACUGCUCGCGUCUUUCCUUCCUUUUGCUCCUCGAUGGAACUGGGGCUGAGGCUGGGGGAGGCGCCGGCGGUUAGGCCCUUCUGGGCCGCGAAGGCGGCGGAGACGGCGAAGAGAGGGAGUCUGGGGAUUUUGUUUGGGAUGAGAUUAGGGGAAAAAGAGGACGCAAUGGAGGAGGAGGAAGAGGAGGAGGAGGAGGAAGAGGAGAGGGGUUCCGCCGCGGCGCCGGUGCAGCUUAAGCUCCUUCCUCUCUUGCCUCAUUCCGCGCAGCCUUCGUUUUCCCAGAUGCGGUUCCCGUGGGCGUCCGAGGCCGGGAACGUCGAACUGUCGAUGCGAGGCUUCGAUGUGAACCGGGCGCCGUCUGCCGGGGAAGCCGAGGAGGUGGCGGCGGCGGCGUCGUCGUCGCCCAACAGCACUGUCUCUUCCUUCCAGAUGGAGUUUUCCGCCGGGAGAGGCGAGGGCGGAGCGCUGGCGGUGGAAAGGGCCUGUUCGAGAGCGAGCGACGAAGAAGAGAACGGCCUCGGGAGGAAGAAGCUCCGCCUCUCCAAGGAGCAGUCGGCCUUUCUGGAGGAGAGCUUCAAGGAGCACAACACCCUCAACCCCAAGCAAAAGCUUGCUCUGGCGAAGCAGCUCAACCUGCGGCCGCGCCAAGUGGAGGUCUGGUUUCAGAACAGGAGAGCCAGGACGAAGCUGAAGCAGACGGAGGUGGACUGCGAGUACCUGAAGCGCUGCUGCCAGACGCUGACGGAAGAGAACCGGCGGCUCCAAAAGGAGGUGGCGGAGCUGAGGGCCCUCAAGACCUCCCACCCUUUCUACAUGCAUCUCCCCGCUACCACCCUCUCCAUGUGCCCUUCCUGCGAGCGCGUCGCUUCCACCACCACCACCUCCGCCGCCGCCACCAACGCCAACACCUCCGAGCGGCGGCCGAACUCCUUCGCCGCUCUCUUCUCGAUGCCCCGACCCUUACCGCUGGGCCCGACCGCUCAGGCUUCCUCUGCAUCCCCCCGCCAGCCCUCGCCGGUUUCCUAAGAAGUAAAAAAAAAAAAAAACUCCGGCCACCGUCGCCGAGUGGCAAUUCUUGUAAAUAGCACUGUUUUGAAGGGCGUUCACGUCACUUGGCUCUUUUUUCUUCUCUGCUUUUAGCGUAUUUUUGGAGCUUGGAGGGAUUUUCUUGUCUUUUCUCAAUUGGAUUUAAAAAAAAAGGAGAAAAAUUGCUUUUUAAGUCUUA